ACCUGACUGCGUGGUUCAAUCGUGAACGAAUCUCCGAAGCUAAUAGAUCGGUAUCUCCUUUGGCCGAUGAAAUUUUCAAUAGUGAAGAGUGCAAAACGCAAUGCUGGAACAGUCCAAAGUCAUGAUUGCACAGGAGAACCAUAAUUUUAGCAAUCAAUUCACCACAGCGAUUUGUGGCCUGCGUUACGUUAUGAUUUAUUUGGGAGUUUGGCCAGGACAAAAAUAUCAAAACUUGUAUCGUUUCAUUUGGUUUUUUCACUUGGCAAGUCUGAUAUUUCUAGCUUCCGGUUCAGUAGGUGGCAUCGUCGUACUAAGACACGACAUAAAUAAACUCAUCAACAACUUAAGUAUGUCAAGUCCAAUGAUACUCAUUUUCUGUAAGUGGCUUACAUUUUCGUUGCGUCAGAAACUGUGCAAAAAGCUCAUGCAUUCCAUGGACGAAGAUUGGGUCAACUUGAGAAAAGAUACUUUGAUUUAUAAAAGUGUGCCGGAUUCUAAACGUCUAAUCACCAAUCAUUAUCAAGCUUCGACUGUUUUCGUCUACACCUUUUUGAUCGUAGCUACUAUUGCAACCAUUAAUUUUGCGACUGAUUCUUUUCUCUCUCUAAGCAAUCGCGGUAAUAAUACUGAUCAGGAUAAUCUCUUGCCAAUGCCAUACAGCUGGUAUCCUGUAGAUUACAACAGAUCGGGUUAUAUUGUUCAGUUCUUGGCGGUCGCUCAAAUAAUCAGUAUGGUGACAACAUUUCUGGCAACAACUGCAGUAGACGGCUUCUUCGUUGCUGCGAUUCUACACGUGAGCAGUCAACUCAAGAUUCUAACAUAUUUCGUCGAAGGAAUCGCUUAUAGACCGUCACAUCCCGAACAUUACAGGAUAGAGAUUAGAGAAAUGGUGAAACGCCAUCAGGUGCUGUUGAACGUAGCUGCCACGCUGCAAGAAUUUUACAGGCUCAUUGCUCUGCAGCAUGUAAUGGCGUGCGUGCUUGCUCUUUGCUUCCUCGAGUGUUCAUUUCUCAUGGAACUACAAGAAAAUGGAGCGAGCAAAACAAUUUUAUUAAAGUUUGGACUUUUCGCUAUCGGAUCGUUGGAGACUGCCUUUAUCUACUGUUUUGCCGGUAAUUCGUUGAUAAAUCAAGGCUAUGCUCUCGGAUUGGCGAUCUACAGUUCCAAAUGGUACAAUUUCGAAAGAUCGAUAAAUCUUUCAUUGUCAAUAGUAAUGAUCAGAGCACAGAAGCCGAUAGAGAUUAGCGCAGCCAACGUUUUUCCUCUCACGUUAGAAAAUUUCACAGUCAUAGUCAAGGUAGCUGCAUCAUAUCUCUCUACUCUACGAGCUUACAGUAUGGCGGAAGCUUAAAAAAAUUUCAUUACAGCCAUUCAACGAGUGCAGGACAAAACAAAACUGACGGGAACACCGAUUGACCAAGCUGCAGAAUAAAUUAAGUAGAAUAUGAAGUGCAAAAUAAACUCGAGCAUCUCUUGAGA